CAGUGGACGUACGAGCCUUUCUCGCGGCGAUGGGCUCCCUGGCGGCCGCCCUCUGGGCAGGGCUCCAUCUCCGGACUCUCCUGCUGGGUGCCGUCGCCUUCCUGUUAUUUGCUACCUUUUUUAGAAUGCGGCGCCCAAAGAACUACCCGCCGGGGCCCUGGCGCCUGCCUUUGGUCGGCAACCUCUUCCAGCUGGACUUUGAGCGGUCGCACCUGGCGCUGCAGCGGUUUGUGAAGAAAUAUGGGAACCUUGUUAGCCUAGAGUUUGGUGACUUGUCUUCAGUUAUUAUAACUGGAUUGCCCCUAAUCAAAGAAGCUCUUCUCCAUAUGGACCAAAACUUUGUGAAUCGUCCCAUGACCCCUAUCAGAAAACACGUCUUUCAGAAAAAUGGACUGAUCAUGUCCAAUGGCCAGGUAUGGAAAGAGCAAAGAAGGUUCGCCCUGACAACACUAAAGAACUUUGGUUUAGGAAAGAAGAGCUUAGAAGAACGCAUUCAGGAAGAGGCCCGCCACCUCACUGAGGCAAUAGAAGAGGAGAAUGGACAGCCUUUUGACCCUCACUUCACGAUCAACAAUGCGGUUUCCAAUAUCAUUUGCUCUAUCACCUUUGGGGAGCGCUUUGAGUACCAGGAUGGUCAGUUUCAGGAGCUGCUGAAGUUACUGGAUGAGGUCACAUAUUUGGAGGCUUCACUGAGGUGCCAGCUCUACAAUGUCUUUCCAUGGAUAAUGAAAUUCCUUCCUGGACCUCACCAGACUCUCUUCAGCAACUGGGAAAAACUGAAAUUGUUUGUUUCCCAUAUGAUCGAAAAACAUAAGAGAGAUUGGAAUCCUGCUGAAACAAGAGACUUUAUUGAUGCUUACCUCAAAGAAAUGACAAAGUACACGGGUAAUGCUACUUCAAGUUUCAAUGAAGUAAACCUUGUCUGCUCCACCCUGGACCUCUUCUUUGCUGGCACCGAGACUACUUCUACGACGCUGCGCUGGGGUCUGCUUUACCUGGCCCUCUAUCCAGAAAUCCAAGAAAAAGUACAUGCUGAGAUUGACAGAGUGAUUGGCCAGUGGCGGCAGCCAAGCACGGCCACCCGAGAGUCCAUGCCCUACACCAAUGCCGUCAUCCACGAGGUGCAGCGGAUGGGCAACAUCAUCCCCCUGAACGUUCCCAGGGAAGCGACAGCUGAUACCACUCUGGCUGGAUACCACCUGCCCAAGGGGACCACGAUCCUGACCAAUUUGACUGCGCUGCACAGGGACCCCACAGAGUGGGCCACCCCUGACACAUUCAACCCCGAGCAUUUUCUGGAGAAUGGACAGUUUAAGAAAAGAGAAGCCUUUCUGCCUUUCUCAAUAGGAAAGCGGGCGUGCCUUGGAGAACAGUUGGCCAAGUCUGAGCUGUUUAUUUUCUUUACUUCUCUUCUGCAAAAAUUUACCUUUAAGCCUGCAAACAAUGAGAAGCUGAGUCUGAAGUUCAGAAUGGGCCUCACCAUUUCCCCCGUCAGCUACCGCAUCUGCGCUGUUCCGCGGGUGUGAUGUUGGUAGGGAAGGGAAGGAGAAAGGAAAGCGAGAAGAAAUGGCAUGUGCUCUGAAGCCACUGGUGCCUGCUCAGAUAUAAGGGGACAAAACGAAAGCGACUCUGAGGGAAGAUCAGAGGCACUGGACUCAGAGGAAACUGGAUCAAAUCCCAGCUCUGCCAUCUCCUUGGAUUAGCCUUGGGCAAAUCAUUUAUGUGCUAAAUGAUUUACCUUCUCAUCAGGGAGAUGAAAAGAGGAUAAUGAUUCCUUCCUAAAGAAUGUUCUUGUGAGAAUCAAAGGAAAUAGUGGGCUUUAAGUGGUUUGUAAACCAUAAGCACAUCAUAAAAGAUAUAGCUGUAAUGUGCCUCUUUCCUGCCUCCUUUCUGAAACAGGUAUUUGCUUCAGGCCUAUUGAGAUGGCUCAGGUCAAUGUGGUAUAAAAUAGUCGAUAGGAGUUAGAAGGUGGACCCUGGAGGCAGCCAUAGAGGUGAGCCACAAAGCCUCUCCCAUCUGGCAGCACUGCACAUGCCUUGUCUUGUUUCUGCCUCAGAAUGGUCCCGUGAGAAACCAGCAGGGCAGGUGUCAUUCCCAUUGACAGGUAGGGAAAACGAGUGUUGUUGAAGCAGUUUCUAGGGUUUACAUAAGGAAGCACCACCUUGGCAUUAGACUCAGGGCCAAGUAGGGUGUGGCCAUAGUUAACCAACCCUGAGAAGCAGGUUUAGAGAACAAAUCUGAAAAUAUUUUCUGUCUUUAGUCUUCAAGAGUACUUCCUUGCCUUAAAUCCUCAGGCAUUUAUUCCCAUGUCAUUUCACAUUGGAUUUAACUGAGUCAGAGUGUGAUCUUUCUUUGCAACUAGAUUGUAAGCUUUUGCUGGCUAGUAAUACCAGCCUAAAACUCACUGGGCCCUGGUAGAGUAUUUUGUAGUAGGGAGUCAGAAAUACCAGAAUCCUGCUUAAUCCUUCUGGGUGUAGUCUAUGAGACAAUGGCCAUAAAAUGAAGGGCCAGGUUAACACUGAUAGUCUAUGGAGUUUUGACUCAGCUAUGGUUCGAAUGUAUCCUCCAAAGUUUAAUUGUUGGAAACUUAACCGCCAUGCAAUAGUGUUGGGAGGUGGGACCUAAUAAGAGGUGAUUGGGUCAUGAGGGUAGAGCUCUCACAAAUGGAUUAAUGUCCUUAUAGCAGAAGUGGGUUAGUUAUCAUGACAGUGGGUUGUUUCAAAGUGAGUUUGUCCACGGUCCCUUUCUCUCUGUCUCACGUGCUCACUUCUGACUUCUGCUCUUCCACAUGGGAUGACCCUCACCAGAUGCUGGCAUCAUACCCUUGGACUUCCCAGCCCAAGAACUGUAAGCCAAAUAAAUUUCUUUCCUUUAUAGAUUAUCUAGCCUCUGAUAUUCUGCUAUAGCAGCAGAAAACGGGCUAAGACAGACCCCAACCCCAAUGCAAUCAAGCAAACAAAACAACCAUGGUAAGCUGGACCAAAGCAUAUACAUUUUUUCCUAUGGUGGUUAGACCUAAGUAAUUUAAAUAGCUCAAAACAAACUAGGCCACGAGGCCACAGGGCUUCUCUUUCCCAUUGCUUGGGAUUCAGAGAAAAGCUAAUAAACUGACACUGUGGGAAAGAGAAACAGAGAAAAGGAUAGAAAGGGAGGGUGUUUGGCUACAGCUAACCUAAGCUAGCUGGGAGAGCCAAGAAAAGAGUAUGCCUGGAAGAAAUGGUUGGGUUUUUAAUGUGUGGGAAGAGGCUUUGGUCCUUCUCGCCUGAUAAAAGAAAGAAAGGAAGGGAGAGCCCCACCUGUGUGCACCUCUUUUGUAACCCACUGGCAAGUUGUGUCUCUAGAAAACAGGUCAAGUCAUAGUCCAAGAAUGAAACCAAUCAAAUCAGGCCUUGAACUUGAACUUCCUGAACAUCCAGGAACUUGUCUUCCAUUUCUUUCUUUCUUUUUUGUCUUUAACCUCAAUCAGAUCAUCCAGGUACACACUCAAAGGGAAAUUGGCCAAAACACUUUACAUUAUGCAUCUCAGUUUCCUCAUCUGUAACAUGAAGGACUUUCUGGAGGUCAUCUCUGAGCUCCAUUCCUGCUCUACAGUGCAUUUUCCAUGAUUGUAGAUGGGCAGGCACACAACCACCACUUGUGGAAUAAAUAUAAAUCUCUGGGACUCAUUCUGACCUGACAGAUGCAGUGGGACCGAGGGUGUGACCAUAAUUAACCAGAAACCUGGGGAAAUCAAUGACUGUGAGUAAUUUUCUGGCCAUAUACAAUGUAUCUUUUUUUUCUCAAAGCUUGUUGGAGAGAUUCUAAAAUAAAAGCCCUCUUUCUGUCCAAGCA